AUGAACUGCGCGGCGACGCACGUCGUCACGUCCAUCCCGGACGUCGUGGUCGCGUACGGCUGCUCGGACGAGUUCAGCUUCGUGUUCCACCGCAGCACGGCCCUGUUCGAGCGCAGGCGGGACAAGCUCGUCUCGACUGUCGUCAGCGCGUUCACGGCUGCGUAUGUGUUGGCGUGGGAUCGGGUUUUUAGAAGUGAUGAUGGACAUGAUGGGGAUGGGCGGGAGGGUGGCGGUGAUGAUGAUGAAGGUCAGGGAGAGAAGAACGAGGGAAGGGAGCAGGAGGAUGCUGCUCCGAAGCUGAGCUUGACCAUGCUGCCGACCUUUGAUGGCAGGGCCGUCUGCUACCCUUCCUGGGCCAAUUUGCGCGACUACCUCAGCUGGAGGCAGGUGGACUGCCAUAUCAACAACCUCUACAACACGACGUUCUGGGCGCUGGUGCAGAGAGGCGGUAUGACACACACGGCCGCCGAGGAGUUUCUGAAAGGCACCGUGGCCAGCGACAAGAACGAGAUCCUGUGGUCGCGCUUCGGCAUCAACUACAACAACGAGCCGGAAAUGUUCAGGAAGGGGAGUGUCGUGUUUAGGGAGUAUAUGUUGGAAGGAGGCUGGGGGAAGGGGAAGGGAGGGCAGCAAAAGCAGGAGAGCGAGGACGCGGUGGGAAACCGAGAAAUCGAGGAGCAGCAAGGGCAGGACGAUCACGAAGAUGAAGACGAAGACGAAGACGAAGCACCUGCAAUUACACGGCCCGUCGUGUCCAAGACACAAGUGGACAAAAUGCGCAAGGCAAGGAGGAAAGCAAAAGUCGUCACGAAACAUGUCGAUAUCAUCCGUGAUGACUUUUGGUCUCAGCGGCCAUGGCUGCGUAGUGGGAAGCCUGGAAAACCGGUAGAUGAAGAGAAGACGGGACUGUGA